AUGGCGUCGUCACACUCCAAGGUCACCGCUGCUACGGCUACUACGGUGCAAGCACCACCGGUCUACUCGACUCUCUCGCCUCCUUCCUACAACUCCGCAUCGUCCGAUACAAACUCAGUACUCUCUGGUACAUCGACGUCGAAGAAAUUCUUUGGUAAAAUGUGGAAUUCGGGACAUGAAGAGAAGAGUGAGAAGCAGAGGAAGGUAGAGGAGAAGGAGGUCAGGGCUACGGCUAGGGCGGUGUAUUUUUCUUUGCAGUAG